AUGACACCAAACGAGCUCAUUCUCAUGCUCGGUGAUAUUGUUCAUAAUUUUGAUAAACUCACUGAAAAGUACUUUAUCGAUAAAAUCAAAACUAUUGGAGACGCUUACUUUUGUGUUGCUGGUGCACACGCGAGUAAGUCAUCGGAUCAUGCCGAACGAACGCUUCGAUUCUCGAUUGAUAUUUUUGCAUUCUUGAAUUCAUUCAACAAACAAAAGGAAAAGAGAAUUAAUGUUCGCAUUGGCCUACAUACUGGAGAAUGUGUAGGAGGGGUGAUUGGAUUCAAGAAAUUUGCCUAUGAUUUGUGGGGAGAUGCCAUAAACACAGCCUCACGAAUGGAAUCCACAGGUGUCCCUGGAAGAGUUCAAGUCUCGAGAACAACCUAUGAACGAGUUCAUGAUUUAGGAUUUGAAUUUGAGGAACGAGAAGGAAUUCAAGUCAAAGGAAAAGGAUUGAUGAAGACCUAUUUACUUGCAGCAAAACACCAUUUACCUGCCGUUGAAGACAUCAUCACUCUUCCACAUUAUGAAUCACAUUAA